AUGCCACUGAUCCUAGGGUACACUGAUGUUCGAUUUAACUGUUUGGUUAUGAUGUUCUGGUUAUUUCUAAUUGGGCUUGAUCGAUAUGGGAAGGGUGACUGGAGAAGCAUUUCAAGAAAUGUGGUUGUAACAACACCAACCCAAGUAGCUAGCCAUGCCCAAAAAUACUACCUUCGACAGACCUUGGUGAAUAAGGAGAGGAAGAGGUCAAGCAUCCAUGACAUGACCACCACUGCAGAUAGCACUACUGUACCUCCUCCAAGCAAUUUCCAUCAUCAAGGACAAGGAGGGUCCUUGGGUUAUCAGAACCCCAACUUUCCUACGCAAGGAUGA